CGGUCUGACGGCAAGGUCUCCUCUCUCACAGUUUACAUCUCUUCUUACCCUUUUUAUCAGCUGACUACCUGACAGCUCUUACUUAAACAUAACCAUAUUGUCCAUAUUGAAUAUUGUGGUGAUUUGCGAAGCACUAUCAAACUAAAUACUUCUUCAUACACAUCUACAGAAGGAGGUCAGUGACCUCACCCAUGAUGAUCAGAUCUGUUCAUGCCAGGGACAUUAGAUUCCCAACAUCUCUAGAGGCACACGGCUCUGAUGCUAUGCACAAGGACCCAGAUUACUCUUGUGCUUAUGUUGUAAUCUACACUGACAAAGAUGUGGAGGGACAUGGACUGGCAUUCACUCUUGGGAGAGGCACUGAAAUAGUUGUAGCAGCUAUCAAGGCUCUCAGCCCUCUGCUGGUUGGCCAGUUCACCAACAAUAUACUGACUGACUUUGGUGGCUUUUGGCAAAAACUGACCAGUGACUCACAGUUGAGAUGGCUGGGGCCAGAGAAGGGAGUGAUCCACCUUGCAGCUGCAGCUAUAGUCAAUGCUCUCUGGGACCUGUGGGCUCGCAUAGAGAAUAAACCACUGUGGAAGUUAUUGGUGGAUCUGGACCCUGAGGAUCUUGUCUCAACUAUUGACUUUAGAUAUAUAUCAGAUGUUUUAACCAAGCAAGAAGCUUUGGAGAUCCUAAAACAGGCUAAAGAAGGCAAACAGAAGAGAGAAGAGAUAAUAAAGACUGAGGGCUACCCUGCAUACACCACCCAGGCUGGAUGGUUGGGUUACUCAUCAGACAAAGUGCGUUCUCUACUGAGCAAAUACAUGGCUCAAGGAUUCAGCGCUUUUAAGAUCAAAGUAGGAGACAACUUGGAGGACGACAUCAAACGUUCCAAAAUGGUCCGAGAAAUCAUUGGACCAGACAGAAUACUGAUGAUGGAUGCCAACCAGAAGUGGGAUGUGGGACAGGCAGUGAAGUGGAUGGAACAGUUGGCAGUGUACAAACCAUUGUGGAUUGAGGAGCCUACGUCUCCAGAUGAUAUCUUGGGACACACAGAGAUAUCUAAGGCUCUGUCACCACUAGGUGUGGGUGUGGCUACUGGGGAGAUGAUUUGUAACAGAGUGAUGUUCAAACAAUUCCUCCAGUUGGGAGCGAUGCAGUACUGUCAGAUAGACGCCUGCAGAGUGGGAGGUGUAAAUGAGUUGUUGGCCAUUUAUCUGAUGGCUCACAAGUUCAAAGUACCAGUAUGCCCGCACGCCGGGGGUGUCGGUCUCUGUGAGAUGGUUCAACAUUUGCAGAUAUUCGACUACAUUGCACUAUCAGGCACAAUGGAACACAGAAUGAUAGAAUACGUAGACAAACUACACGAACAAUUUGAAGAACCUGUUGUCAUCAAGCAAGCCAAGUAUCAAGUUCCCAAAGUGAGUUACACUCAUGGCAGGGCAGUAGUUCUGGAGUAUAAUGUGGUCACCAUCGAUCUCUAUUACUACAACUGGGUUGCACGCUGUGUGCUGGGUUUUCGCUCCUCCCAUCACCUAACGUCUGAGCUGUCUCCCUCUUACUCAUUACGUCUUAUGGCGUUUCCGUGUUUGCGCUCGGAAAAUACGCUAUAUCUCUGUUCAUAGUGGCUCGAUUAUCAA